CUCUGUCUGUCUCUGUCUCUGUCUGUCUCACUGGCUCUGAUCUUGUUUCCCCUUCCCCACUCUGUCUGUCCUGGACAUGUGUGAUGUCUCUCUCUCUCACACUCACUCCCUCUGUUUCUCUCUGUCAGUCGGCAUGCAUGAACUAACUCAGCACAAGGUUGCAGUGAAAAUCCUGAAUCGCCAGAAGAUCCGCAGCCUUGAUGUCGUUGGCAAGAUCCGCCGUGAGAUCCAGAACCUCAAACUGUUCCGGCACCCACACAUCAUCAAGCUGUACCAGGUGAUCAGUACUCCUACAGAUAUAUUCAUGGUGAUGGAAUAUGUGUCGGGUGGGGAGCUCUUUGACUACAUCUGUAAGAACGGGAAGCUCGAUGAGAAGGAGAGUAGGCGCCUCUUCCAGCAGAUCAUCUCGGCAGUGGAUUACUGUCACCGACACAUGGUGGUACACAGGGACCUGAAGCCAGAGAACGUGCUGCUCGAUGCCCAGAUGAAUGCCAAAAUCGCCGACUUUG